ACUACCAGUUACAACUUUUCGCUACACUUUGCGCACAUCACUACCAAAUCAUUUCUGGCUUGGAAAAAAAAACAAAAACAAGACAGAAAAAGCGAACACCUCAUACAGUACUUAACUCCACUUCCCAUCCGCCUCUAGCCUUUGACAAUGGCAGUAACGGACCUAUUCUCGCUUGAACGUAUGAUGUCAGCGGAAGAAGGCGUAGUUCAGUUGCUGUGGCAGCAAUGGUGGACUGUGAGCAGUGAGAAAAGCAAUAGGACGGUUAACAUAGUAAAACUAAGUAGAAUUGAAAUUGUGAGGAGCAGUCACGUCUUGAAAAACAGAGAAUAUCUCCACUGGGAAGUCAUUUGUGAAGUAGCAGGACCUUGGGGUGAAGUGCAGACGACCAAGAGCAAAUUAACAGCCAGUAUUAAGUGGGGAGAGUGAACAGGCCUGGCUAUAUAGUAUUGUGUAUACUUCAAUCUGUCAAACAUAUUUUGGCGACAGGCAUCCGCAUGAGAAGAAAGGCACCUCUGGAAAAGAGACAAAAGUUUUGUAGCAGUGUAAACAUCUUUGAUUGUAGCAGCACAUCAUCUAGCAAACAAGAAACUCUGCAUUUGGAUACUGAGGCAGAUUUGACAGCCUCAGUUGAUUGAAUUUUCAAGACGAAGUGUCCUGUCAAAUUCGCUCAGGUUGGUAGCAGUUAUCAAGAUGGCUCCACGACGGAAAUUAAUAAAACCUUGCUGUGUGGGGAGUAAAAACUCAGAACCUGAUAAACUUGGUGAUCCAAAGGAUUACAUGAAUCGUCUCUCGCAUGAAGUCCUUUGCCACAUUUUUAGGUAUCUCCCAUUACAGGACAUAAUGUGUAUGGAAUGUCUGUCUCGUAAACUCAAGGAAGCAGUGACACUUUAUUUGAGAGUAGUAAAAGUUGUUGACCUUUGUGCAGGCCGUUGGUGGGAGUACAUGCCAUCAGGUUUUACAGAUUCUAGUUUCUUAACAUUGCUGAAGAAGAUGCCUGAUUUAGAGCAACUUUAUGGUGUUCAUCCCAGACACUUGGAGAGGCGUCGAGUUCGUGGCCAUGAAGCAUUCAGCAUUCCUGGUGUACUGGAAGCUUUACAAGCCUGUCCAAAUUUACUGGGUGUGGAGACUUCCCAUUUAGAGCUCGUAGAAGCCAUCUGGAAGUACAUGCCACAGGUCCAUAUUCUGGGGAAGUUCCGAAAUCGCAAUGGAGCUUUUCCAAUUCCUCCAGAAAAUAAGCUAACAAUUCCAGUUGGAGCAAAGAUACAAACACUACACUUAGUGGGAGUUAAUGUUCCAGAAAUUCCCUGCAUCCCGAUGCUAAGACACCUUUAUUUGAAGUGGGUUAGGCUAACCAAACCACAGCCAUUUAAAGAUUUCCUUUGUGUUAGUUUACGCACGUUUGUAAUGAGGAAUUGUGCAGGUCCCACAAAUUCCCUGAAAUAUGUUCCCUUGGUAACUGGCCUUGCUUCUGCCCGCAACUUGGAGCAGCUGGAAUUGGUACGGGUACCAUUUCUUGGGGGCCUAAUUCAACAUGUGGUGGAGGAUAGCUGGAGAUCUGGAGGUUUCAGAAAUUUACAUACGAUCAUGUUUGGGGCGUGCAAGAAUGCACUUGAAGUGGAUCUUGGUUACCUUAUCAUAACUGCAGCACGAAGAUUGCAUGAAGUGCGAAUACAGCCAUCGCUAACCAAAGAUGGUGUUUUCUCUGCAUUAAAGAUGGCAGAACUGGAGUUCCCUCAGUUUGAAACUCUUCAUCUGGGCUUUGUUGAUGAAUUUUUACUGCAGUGCAAAAUGACAAAUCCAGACCUGGUAAAGUAUGGCUUAGCUGAUGUGGUAGAAAAUCCUGGCAUCAUUACAGACAUUGGAAUGAAAGCAGUGAAUGAAGUCUUUUCUUGCAUCAAGUACUUGGUGAUUUACAACUGUCCUCAUUUGCACAAUCCACACAGCUGGAUUACGGAUCACUCAAGAUGGAGCCGAUUAGUUGAUUUGACGUUAGUACGAUGCCAUGCAGUCAAACUCGAGUCAUUCAGUCAGUUUAUUGAAAUGUUACCAAGCUUGGAAUUCAUUUCCCUGGACCAGAUGUUCAGAGAGCCACCAAAGGGCUGUGCUCGUGUAGGUCUGAGUGCUGGCACAGGAAUUGGUGUUUCUUCAGCAUUAGUGAGUAAUCAGAAUUCCAACAAUGAUAAUGAUAACAAUAAUCACCAGCACAAUGCUCACAUAAACAACAAUAAUAUUCCAAAUGAACAGAAUGGUGAAAAUGAGCAUAGAGAAGAUGAAGUGCAAGGGGAUGAACAGCAUAUCCCUGCAGAAGAGCUGAAUGAUAUAGAAGAAGCAAUGCAAGAUAAUGGAGAUGAAGCUGCUGAUGCAGCAGUGGAGAAGAAUGAAAUGCACGGCCCUAGUAAUUUAGUUACUCCUAUGGAAGUAGAUGAGGAACAAGCAGGACCAAGUGGUCUUCAACCUGCUGUAAAGUCUGUACCUGUUUCAGUCCAUGAUUCUGACAGUGAAGAUGAAGAGGAUGGAGGCAUUUCCCAAGCACCCAUUGCCAACCAUAUCAGCCAUAACUGUUUAGAUGCAGAAGAGCAACUUAAGAUUGAAACAGAACCUGGUGGGAAUAUAAGUAUCUGUGGCAAAGGCAAAACCCCCUUGAGAAAGUCCUGUAACAUUAAUCCGAAGAAAUUGCAUUAUGCUGAAGAAAGUAGUUGUGAGAAGGGUUGCCAAGUAACAAGUGAACAGAUAAAAGCUGACAUGAAGGCUGCAAAUGAUGCAACAGAAAGGAACAAGAACAGAGUGCCUACCCCUGGAAGCAGUUCGAGAGGGACGCUCAAUUGCUGUAAUGCUGCUGAUCCAGGAAUUGCUAAUGCUGCACACACUCCUGAAUCCAGAAGGGCAAAUAUUAAUAGUGGGUUGAGCAGUCCAUUAGCUGGUGGCGAACAGAGUGGCAGUGCACACCCUGUUAACAGGACUAAUGACUGCUCCACCAGGAAGGAAUGUGACAGUUCUGGCAAUUCAGACUCCUCUUGUCAUGGCAGAUGUCAGAACCAAGACAGUAGAACGUGCACGUGUCCCCAUGAGGAAAACCCUUCCUGUAGUGGAACAAAUAAUUUGCACAGUGACAGUAAUCCAAGUGGCACAUUACAUCAACACACUCCAUCUUCAAGAGAAUCUGUGGAUGAAGAAAAUUGUGAAAGAACUAGUGCUAGUAAUUCACUGAGAGACACAGAUAAUGCAGAUCAGCAGCCAAAUGGUCCAACAGGGGCUAAUGUAGAGUUUCCUCGAAGGCCUUUGACAAGGGCUAGAAGUAAGAUUUCUCAGGUGCCAUUAGUCUCUCCAGAGUUCUCGAAUCCAAAGUCCAGAAGAUCUGUAAAGAGGAAGCGAACAGCUGACAAGGCCACCAGUACCAGUGAUCCUGUUAUUGAAGAUGAUCAUGUGCAGGUGCUGAAUUUGAAGUCAAAGAACUUAGUUGGGAUCACAUUAACAAACUGUGGAAUAACUGACCUUGUUCUGAAAGACUGUCCAAAAAUGAUGUUCAUUCAUGCUACACGAUGCAGAGUACUUAAACAUCUGAAAGUAGAGAAUGCACCAAUUGUGAAUCGUUUUGAUUAUGCUCAGUGUAAGAAGCUUAACAUCUUGCAGAUUCUGGACCAAAUUUUGAGGAUGCCUCCUGAAAGAAACCGAAUAAUUUAUCUAAGGCCAAUGCAACAGAUUGACUCACUAGCAUUGGAGCAGAAAAUAUUCAGUGGACCUUACCCUUAUCAUAUCUGCAUCAUUCAUGAGUUUAGUAACCCACCAAAUAUACGCAACAAGGUUCGUGUCCGUAGCUGGAUGGACACAAUCGCCAAUAUUAACCAGGAAUUGAUUAAAUAUGAGUUCUUUCCAGAAGCAACUCGGACAGAAGACGAUGUAAAGAAAUUUCCCAAGUACCCGUGGGGUCGAGAUAUUUACACCAUCGAAGGUAAAGUUGACGGUGCUCUAUAUGCCAUGAUAACAGACUUCCCCUGGUUACGUUCCUUGCGUACAGCAGAGCCUAACAGCUAUGCCAGAUAUGAUUUUGAAGAUGAUGAAAAAACAACUAUUUAUGCACCACGAAGAAAAGGUCAGUUGUCUGCUGACAUAUGUAUGGAGACAAUUGGUGAAGAGAUUUCAGAGCUGCGCCAGACAAGAAAAGGUGUCUUCCAGCGAGUAGUGGCAAUCUUCAUCCAUUACUGUGAUGUCAGUGGGGAGCCAGUUGAAGAUGAUUAUAUAUGACUGAAAUUUCUGAGUGGGUCCUCUACCCUGAGACUGCUAGUACAUCAUGCCACCUCUUGGGAGUGAUGUAACUUACUGCUUCAAUGACACCUCAGGCUGUGUGCCUCCUUGAAGUGUGAUGCUGUAUUUUCAAGUGACUUUUUACUUUAAACAUGGAGACACCUUAUUAUACACCAUGUACAAAGAUACUUAAAAUACAUUUUACCUUCUGAGGUACUCUAUUUCAUAUGUUUAUACAAGUAAAAGGCUGAAAGAAAAACAAGAAAAUAAAAAUGUAGCAUAAAAGUUUUCUGUAUUUCACGACUCAUUUGUUUGCUGAGCAAAGGUUUAUUUCUCAUAAAAUAAUUUACCAUUUACUGUAAACAUAAUUUCAGAAUCAUUUAAUUUCAAUGUGCCUGUCAGAAAAAAAGUGCACCUACCUUUACCUUAGCAUAUUCGGACAACCAAUUGUUCUUAAAUGUGUCUUGUGCAUGUAAUUUUGUUUAUAGAACAAGCUAGCUAGUUUAAUGUUGUAGGAGUUGUUAGAGAAAGAAAACAGAUGUUUGACUGUUGUACAUUAAAUUCUGAUUAUUUCUUAUUUGCCCCUAUUCCACUGAGUUACCACUUUUUUCGUGAACAGUAGCCUAUUGACAAAAAUGUCAUGUCUAUUUUGAUGGGCCCUCUGCAGUAACGAACAUUUGGCUAUAUCUGUCCUGGUGUCCACUAGUGCAACUCUUCAUAUUUUAAAUUGUUAUGCUUUGGGGUACUUGGAAGUGACUUCAUGAGUUUCCAUACUACUUCAUCUGUGUAGAGGAUCAGGUUCGUGCUGUACAGGUUUGUAAGAAGUGGGUCUUUGAGUACUCAAGACACCAUGCUUCUGGAUCUGAACUGUAUCUCAGGGGAUCGGUUCUCUUAUAUUGUGCCUUGAAUAUUUAGUCACUCGCCAGAGAGUGUUGAUGAGGUCUGUAUAGGCCCACUCAAGUUUAAUGAAGGACCUUUGACAUUCUCGGUCCCCAUGCUGCACUUUGCUGAUUUUUUCCAGUGUAUGUGAAAACUGAGGAAGAUUUUGGCAGUUUGACACAACAGCUACACUUUAUUAGUCUUAGACCUGCACCUUCUUACUCAGAGGCAUGCUGGUAUGUGGCCCACUCCCUCUAGUUACACACUUGAUUAGCAUCAUCUUAGAUGCAAAGUAGUAAUGCUGCCCACCUGACACCUCCCUCCCCAACCUACUGCUGCUGGAUGACAGGAAUCUGUCCCUCACUACAAUAAGUAGAGGAAGCUUUCACCCUCAAUCCUUUUCUGAGUAUUUGGCUUUUGCCAAGUUUGAGGGGGGAACUGAAGUCCAAGUAUUUCAAGAAAGACUGUGGCAAUAAUUAGUCUUCCUCUCUUGAUAUCUCUUAUUUUGAGGAUCCCUCAGGUUCAUUAAAUCCACCUUUUAUUGGAAUUUUCACAUACUUCCUCCCUCUGAAGUGCCGUAAUAAUUGUACUUGGUGAAGAAGAAUGAUUGGUCUUUGGUUGUACCUUCCCCUAGAGUCUGUAGUAAAGGAUAGCAUGUUUGUUUUUUUAGAUUCCCCAAAUCUAGUUUUCUAGCUCAUAAAAAGACCAGUCAUUUAUAUAGGGCAUACCAUAAACGAUAUUCCCGUCCAGACAUACUAAAUCUCUUUCAUUUUCUGUGAGCUGCAUAGGUUUAAAAAUAAAAACUAAUGUGGCAACCUUCCCCCUCAAGGAGAAAUUCAGUGAUAUGGACAGAUUUGGUGGAAGUAUUAAUUCUGCUGCUGCCAUUAACCUGUGUGGUCUUAAUUACCAAUCCUAUGUAUCUGAUUUCUAAAUCUUUUCUGGCAGAACAAGACAUAGGGGGAACAAACCAAUCCACUCUCCUAGACUCAGAUGAGCAGAAAGCUGUUGAGGACAAUCUUAAUGUUGCUUUAUUAGUUGAAUUCCUUGUUACUAUGUGUAACUUUGCUGGUGCAGCUGCACUGGCCAGGACUGCAGCCCCACCAGAACCUACUAGAAAAGAAAGCCUAGCCCAGGCUUUUCUUCUUACUUUAGUGGUCAUAUCUGGUUGUCCUGGAUGCUAUUUUUAAGAGAGAGUUUCUUUUUGGGAAAUUGUUUCAGGAGGUUGUGGAAGAUUUGGAAAAGGCCUAGACUGUGUUCCACUAUUUGCAGUCAUCUGCUUUUUUCUUCUGCCCUUUUCUACACCUUUACGAGUAGGAGAAAGCUAUAUACGCUUCUAAGGAAACUAUGAAGUGGCACUCAUUUUGCCUUCCUCAUUCCUCCCUCUGAUAUUUAGAAGUCUAUCCCAGCCAGCAGGGCCUGUCUACUUAGUUCAGUUAUAUGUGAUGUGAGAGCAACUCUCCAUGUUUUCUGUAGCCUGGAAAAGCUAUCGCCUUGCAUACAUGCUUAUUUGACAUCAUGAAAAGGGGACAUUCUUGAGUAGCUCUGCCCCCCACCCCCAAUUGCAUCCUCCUCAUCUGGUAAACCUGGUGGUGUUAGAGGAACUUCUUAGCACAGUUGCAGUCUUCCCUUAUCUAUGGGGCUAUAAAGACUAUUCAGGGAGACAGUGUUAGAGAGUCAUAAUUACUUUCAUUAUUUCCUGUUCUCUAAGAAACCAUGUGUGGUUCUGCCUGUUUCUUUGUCUAAGUUGUGUAAUUUUUCACAUUAGUUGUAUGAAUUGCAUAUGGUCAAAGUUCAAGUCUUGGUGCAGUGAUUCCACAGGGCUUUUAAUAGCAGUGAUAGAAAUUAUGGGUACUUAUUAGGAGAUCAGUGUUUGGGAGGAUCACAUGAAGUUUGUAUUCCUUGUUUUGAGUAGGCAGCAAUUUUAGUAUAUAAGUUGCUGCCUUUCAGCCUGCCCUAUCUUCCCAAGAGGCUGUCAAGAAAGCACUUCCUUUAAUCCUGCUUAAUUUUGUAGUUCAUUGCACAUUUGAAGCAGUAAAUGCAUUACCCAGGACUGCAGUCAUCAACAUCUGCUGGACUUGGUUACAUAAAUUCUGCAGCACUGUAAUCUUUUCUUGUUUUCUUACAUGGGUGAAUGGUUGUUAGUGGCCACAACCCAGGAUUUUGCAUUGUUGGCUUUGGCAUGGACUUUUCUGUGGUUUCAAUGACUUGAUCAUCAUCCAUUCAGAAUAUUCUGUUUGUAGCAAAGAUUCAGAAAGCUCUUCAGUCUGAUGGCCUUCCUUUAGAGGACUACACUGGGACUGAUGGCAGUGUCAGUUUUUGUAGUUCCCAUGCCCUGUCUUUAUAUGCAGUUUCAGCAGUGGUUGCCGUUGUCAUUUCUCAUUGUACCUCCUUUUUAUUUCAUAUCCUUGCCACCACAUCCUUGAUUGAGAAGUCUCAAUCUUUAAAUCUAUAGGCAGACUUUUUCUUUAUUCACACCACUCCAGUUCAGUCCCCAUUUUCAAGUGCAUUGCCCUAAUAUAAAGCCAUUGACAUUCCCUACAGAGCCCUCUCUGUAUUAGUAUCCCAAAAUUAAGGAAUGUGUUCCUGUCCUUGCAGAUGCUGAAUUACUCCUGUAGCCGUAACUUUCCCUAAUGAGAUUAGACAAUCAAGUGGUAGCACAAUAUGUGGAGAGGGAGGAGUGGCCGUAACUCUGUUAGCUACAUCUGAGUUUAGACCUGUGCCAUUAGCUAAGACAGUCUCUUGUUGGCAGUCCACAUCUUUGGGAAUUUAAAUGUCCUUGCAUAUGUGCAGGGUCACAGGUCAAGCCACCAAAUGUUUCAUUUUUGAAGGAUUAGUGUUUGUGGCAUCUUCAGAAAAGUGUACGUUCCAGAAGUUGACCUAUUCACUCUCCUAAAGAAUAUAGUUCCCAUAUUCAGCUCACAAUACUGGGGGAAAUAAAUACAGUCACAGUAGAAUAAGGAUUGCAAUUUGUGUAUUUACCUUCAUCCUUUAUUUUAUUUAUUUGUUAACCAGGUAAACCCAUUAGGCGUAAGUGUUUCUUUUAAGGUGACCUCCGAGCAUUGUCUGUUUAACUUAGUUGCUUAGGGUUAGAGUUUGCAAGUGGUACUUGAGGGAUUCAAACCCAGAACUACAAAAGGAAGCUUUUGUUAACAGAUCAUAGCCUUAAUGUUCGGAGCUAAACUGCCAUCCCCUGGCCAAAUUCUCUGUUGAAAGGCCAAGGGUGUUUGUUGUCACAUGAUAAUAGUCAAGAAUAUUUUUGCUCCAACCCAUCUAACUUUGUCUCCAGAGAUGAUUCAUAUCUGAACAGUUGACGGUCCCAGCAGUCUGGCAGAGGAUAACCACUUGCAGCUUAGUACCUUUGUUGAUACAGUAGUUACCUUCAAAAAGUCUUAGAAGCGGCUAGGAACUCCUACACUCUGGUAAUGUGCAAAGCCAUAUGAGAAAGGGCUCUCCAUCUGGCCAAGAGAUGUCUUGUUCCUCCUCCAUCUGUAAAUCUGUAAGUUUUGCUAGCACAUCUGUUGCAUUUCUGUUUGUUGUAUAGGUAAACCUUCUAGGUACUUGCCAUUUUUUUCAGGGGUAGGUUGGAAACACUUUGUUUUGACUUGCACAGAGUCAGACAGUAUGGAAAUUAAAACCAAUUAUCAAAUUUAGACAUACCCAAUGAACAUUUUUAGCAGUCAGUCUUAAUAUUCUUUAUUUAAACUUCUGGAUGCUGUCUUGAGGAUAGUUUUGAUCAAAGUUUCAGUUACAUGUCAUUCAUUAUGCCAGAUUCCCAUCUUGGUAUGACAUGAUUUGAUGGCUACCAUAACUGUGACCAAGUGCAGGACUAGUAAAAUGCUUCUUGAAGGGGGGGGGUCUAUACUGUACCUCCAUUGAAGACUUUGCCUUGAGAUGUGAAUGCCACAGUGGAUUUUUGCUCUGGAUGGAUGAGAUAUGAAGCCUGGCUUCUAAAAGAGAGAGUCUUUUCAGUAGCUGUUAUUUCUCCCUAGGGGGUUUACAAAUUCUAGGUGCUUGCAUAUAUAGAACCCUAAGUUUAUUCUGUAAGAAUCAUUCCUGUACAGAAAUAAUUUCUUAAGUAUUACAUAAUUGAUCUCUUCACAUCAAAAAAAGACAAAACAGUUUGCUUUCCGUAUGAAUAACGAUUGUUUGGCAACUACAAGGCAAACCUCGUCCAGGUUUGUAAAUUUUACCCUUUGUUACACUGGCUUGAUAGCAAAUGAAAACAGUAAGACUAUUUCAUUAAAUGCUUUUAAAGGAAGACUUCACAGUUUAAUUAUAGUUAACCUUAUCCCAGAAGUUUUUUUCCUCAUAAUAUCACCUAGAUAGUUCCCAGGAACUCCUCAGUGCCUUUCUGUGUCGUCAUUUCCAUUUUCCUUGCUAUAGAUCAUGAAGUUCCAACCGUUUUUCUGUCUGUUCAAAUUCAAAACAUGACCGUCUCAACCAGUGUGACAAAAAAUAAACACCACUUUCUGCAUUUGUUAGUUUAAUUUGCCACUCACAAUUUUACAUUCCCAUUCUGUUUCUUGCUGAGGUUGGUGAAUCACUCCCAUUAACAACAAAAUUGAAACUCUUUUUCCAAAUUGUUAGUUGUUGGAUAAGCCUUAUGUGAAGAACAUGGAUGAACUAGUUGUACUGAAGCACAUUAUAAAUACAUCAGUAAGUAUUCAGUUUUGGCCAGUGAAGUGCUGCUUUCAGCUGUGUAAUUAAAUAUUAUUUCGACUGUAUCCCUGUAACUGAAGAUGAUUUAGGGAGCCUGAAAACAAGUAUUGCAAGCUUUUUUCUUAAAAUGAGAGCCAAAAAUGAAUGAGCAGAACUGCUGUACCUAACUGACAAGUCUUAACACCUUGAGAAGUGGAUGUCAAAAGAUUUGGGAGUUGUUUUAAAGAUCACAUGUUUGACUCAUUUACUUUAACAUACUUGUUUUAAAGAGUAUUUAAAUCUGUUACAAUAAAGGCAUAGAUUAAUUUAGCAUGGAUCACGGUCAGUCAGUGAUUGAUACAGUCUUUAGGGACUAAGAAACCACUGGUUCAAGGUACUGUUACCAUAUCUAAAUGAAGGGGGAAAUAACUCCCUUAUUACUAGCAUGAACCAUGGAAAGGGACAAAACUACAGGCUGUGGAGAUGACAAAAAAACGUGAAAAAUAAAUUUCCAUCAUUGUGACAGACCAAAUUCUAGUCAUUUUGGGUAUAAGAAAUAAAAAUGUAUUGUUACUAUUAAUAAUAAAAAAUAUCAAAUAGAAUGAUAAUCAUUUUGGGUAUAAGAAAUGAAAAUGUAUUGUUACUCUUAGUAAUACAAAAAGUAAUAUCAAAUAGUCCAAUUUUGAUGCAUUAGUAUAACAGGGAAUACAAGAAUAUGUAUUGAUAAAACAUAUUUUGGAGUUUCAUAAUAGAAUUUUCCUUUAAUUUUCUACCUUCCUUCCAUCUUUCUCUUCCCUGUUGUAUGCCUCCUUUGAUUUCUUGUCCACCUCUUUUGCACUUGUCAGUUCCAUAAGUCUGCAGCCCCCUGUCUCUCUGUCUCUCUCUGAAGAAGUAUUUUAGGAGAGCAAAGGAGAUAAGUCCAUUCCUAAAGAACAUAAAGGCAAACUUUAUGACGGGGCUUUCUAUGAUGGGAGGUGAUACAUUUUAGGAAUAUGUGCGUGGUAUGUGUCUUUGCUAGUCAACUAUACAUAUUUUUAUCAAACGCUAUUCUAUGCAAAUACAUAGUUGCCUUAUCUAUCACCUAGUGAAGUUCAUCAUUUGGCACCACUCAACUUUAAUUUGAGGAGCAAACAAAAAAAUCUGUUCCCUAUCUGGCCCUGCUAGCCAGGUCCAUUCUUUCCCAUCUGUGCCCCUCAACUACACAAGCUAAGAAGGAAAACAAAGUUCUGCUUCUACUUUUAAAACAGCAAACUUCUUGCUGCAAUUUAUGCCAGACGCACGCACAGCAUUGAAGCACUUUUGUUCGGAAGACAUGACCACAAAAGCCAUAUCAAAAUUUAUCUCUGUAUCGGCUUUCAGAAAUACUGGUAUGGCACUACUGAUUGAAUUACAUCUCCUGAUCAUACCCCCUAACUCCUUGCACCUAGGCGGCUGCCCACUUCGCCCCACCCUAACUACACCUCUGAUUGUAAGACCUCUAUUUUAACAUUAGCAUUUUCUUUGGAAGACUUGUCUUCAAUGGCAUUCUGCCUUAAAGCUUACCUUCUGACUUUCAGGCUCCUUCUGUUUCAUACACUGCAGAGGACACUUAGAGGAAGGUACAGGAUGUAUACCAGUACAUACAAUCAGAUGAUCUUUUAGAUAGUCUUCUACAGUGAGUACUUUACUCCCUCAUUACUUUUCCCUUGACUGGGAAAUUCAUGUUGCUGAAUUAUCGCAUCAGUACCUUGUGUAGGUUAACUUUAAAUCUGUAAUUUUGUAAAAUCAUCAGGUUAGCAUGUUUUGUUGUACAGGCAAUCCCUUUUGAAGCAUAGUUAAGAACUGGGGAUCUAAGAACUAUGAGCACCUAGAGGGAUGUGGGCAAGUGUUUCACCGUUUGCAGCAGGCCCUUCUUAAAAUCCACUGAUAUGGUUAGUACUUGUAUGGUUUACUUUCAUGGGACUUCCCCAAUACACACACACACACACACACACUUUGAUUAACUCUGCUUUUUUAUGCAUGGCUGCUAAAAUAAAACCACAAGCUCAUAAACAAUCCUAAUUUUCAUCAACAAGCAUUUAUAUUUGUAGCUGUGGAUUGUGUGUGUAAGGUGUUAAUUACAGCAAUCACCCAUUUGUUUUCUCUGUAUGUGUUUUAUACCCCCAUGCCUGUUAGCAUUCAAACCAGUACCAUGGCUUCAUACUUGUUCAUCACUGGGUUGAAAACUCCAGUGCCCAUUCCCUCUGAGACAAGAGCCGCUGGAGUCAAUUUACUCCCCAAUUAGAUGAGUCUGGUCAUGGCCAUCAGUGAGACAACAAUGAGAAGAUUUUAAGUGUAAAUCCUUAACCUUGCCUUCUGGUGGUGAUGUAGGCACCCACAUCACCUUGAGGGCUAACAAUGCUUCUUGUGCAGGACCCUGUGUGCUCAUGUACACACCUGCACACAUGCACUGGAACAGGUGCUGCAUUCCCAGGUUAGAUAGCCAUCCCCCAGACAGCUGAGGCCUAGUUGUCAGGACUGACCUGCAGCUGUCCCUGGAGUGGCACAGCCAACAGCUGGGGAGUCACCAUAUCUCUUUCCUCAGAUGGGUGCUCCUUGGGAAAGCUGCACCUCUCCUGCCUCAUAGUUGAGCUCUUCCUGCAUCUAAACUGCUAACCAAACCUGGGUCAUCUAGGUCACAAUCAGGGCUCUAUCCCCUUGUGCCACAGAGCUGACCAUUUUCACCCAUGUCUUUUGUACUUUGCUCUUCCAAAUGUAGGGAAGAUGUUUAAGUUGAUACAAAUAAAGGUAACAUGCAAAUUAGUUUAACUGCAUCACCAUUCAUUUAAUUCUUGUCCAUUUUUCAGUUGCAUGCACAUUUGGCUAGGAAGGUGAAAAACUGGUUUUCCAUUUUACACCAUUACUGUAUUUGAGCUUAACUUUAGCAAGAGUCAAGUGCUUCCUUUGCACAGUAGUUCCAACACCCAGCUACCUGCUGUCCAAAAUACAUGAAUUCUAAUGCAAACUAAAUUAUAUUCUCUGAUAUUGCCUUCUUUUUAUUACUUUGAAAAGCUGACUUCUGCUAUGUCUAACUCCUACCUUUUAGCUGUAUGUGAUGUUGCAGAACAUCGCUGAUUUAUUUUACAUUUUUGCAUUGUACCUCAUAGAUACUUGAUUUUUCUGGUAAAUCAGUGAAGAUUACUGUCUGAAUAAUGCCAGCCAUUAGAAUUACUUAUUGUUCUGAACAUUCAUGGUGAAGCAAAACCUGUUGUUCUAUUAACUUAAGUGAAUUAGAUCAAUAUUUAAAAUAUGUUCCUGAUUUUGCCCCCCCAAUUAUUUUUUUGAUUUGUAUAGAAUUCCAGUUGAGAGAUAUGAUAUAACUUGCAUCAAACUUGUUGCAAUUAUUUCACAUUGAUCAAGCAAUAAGUCAAGUAGUAACUGACAGCAAAGUGUGAGAUAAGGUGCACAACUAGGUAAGAUGUGAAUUUGGAACUGCAGGUAACCCCUUCUUUGACAGGAGUGAUCACAACAACUAGGAAGCAGAUCACCUAAGCAGAGCACUGGCCACUCUAAUGCUUUUGGUGGUCUGCAUAGAUACCCGGCUGAAUUAGCAGUCUCAGCUGCCUAUUGCAGGUGGGAAUGAGACUACUAAAUACAUAAAUAAGACAUCUUGGCUUUUUUUUAACUCUUUGUAGGGAACUCUUGUGUGAUGCAGUAACUAACCACCUUUUGCUCCUUGGAUAUAGAUUCCUUUUGCUUAAUAUGCUCUGAAUGGUAUGUUUAGUUGCAGCAGUUAGAUUUCAGGUCUGCCACCUAGGAGAAACAGGUUCAUUCAAAGCACAGAACAGUAAUUUAAUCAAGUGACUAAGAGUUCACUUGAUUUGCUUCAGUUACCUUGGCUGUAGUAUUUUAAAUUUAUUUUUGUACCUUUGCUGUUUCUGCCUGAUUCUUCAGCUUUCUGAUAAUGGCUUACCUUGGUAUGAUCAUCUGCUGUUUGGGUAUCUUGCUGACCCUAAAUUUGAUUAUGCCUGGUGUGGACCCUUUUUGCAAGGAUGUUGAUGGCCCUGUUUGGGUGCCUUGCAUUGUUCUGUUCAGUGUCUAGUAGUGGACAGUAUUUCUGAAGGGCUACCAUUAUCACUAUACAACAACACACUUUUUUUCUGUAUAACCAGGACACCAAGAAAUAUUAUAGCAUGGCACAAACAUAUUAUUGUUUUUAUUGUUUUCUGUUUGCCAAUCCACUUAGUUGUCUAAAGUUGUUGCUCUCUAACAAAGUUGAUAUAAUACGAUCUAUUACCUCAUUCAUUUCUGAACAGUCAAUUGAUUCAAGGUAAUUCAGCAGAUUUUUGUGAUGAUUGUAAGGUGUUUGUAGUAAUGAAUGAGUUUUACUUAACUAGGCAUAUAAUUUUUAAGUUCCAAACCCAAGACAUUGGCAUUAUGAAUGGUAGUUCUGUUGCAGUUCCGGAAAAAGUUGAUUAUUUCUAAGUGUAAUUGAAGGAAACUGCAUAAUGCACAUUUUUGUGUGGAACCUAAUAUUUGUGUUACUUUUGGCAAUAUCUUGUUUAUAUGAAGUUUUAUUUGCAAUAUUUACAGUAGGCAAAAAUUGUCCACUACAGUACUAACAAAUUAUUUAAUUCUGCUUAAUUACUGUUCCGGUUUUGAAAGCUAUAGAUGUUAAUUUUGUAAGAACCAUGUUAGCUAAUUAAUGUUGUGUAAAAAUCAGCAUAAAAUCAUAGGCUGUUGCUCACAAUUUUAGUCAGAUAUGUCUUUUCAUGUUCUGUACCUUACAUUGACAUGCCUGUUUUGAAUUUUGUUGUAAUGAUCACCCCAUUACUGUAGUACUGUAUAUUUUGUAAAUAGUGUAAAUAUUAAAUAUUUUAUUGUUUAACACA